AGAAUUCGAGGCGUUCUUUAGCAGGCAGAAAGGGAGGGAAAGAAAUGGGGCAUUGCCCAUCACAAUGUCGCAUCCAUAGCAAUUUUUUCACAAUUGCCCUCCAACAAGGACUUGGUUUACAGAUAUGACAAGGACGAGCCACAGCAAGACCAAAUCUAAAAGAACACCCGGCUCCAUCUCCCAUGGCCGCCCACCAACCGCCAUCAGAAAACCCGCCGCGUCCCUUUCAGCUAAAGCAACACGCACCCUGAUUCGGGCUCACCACCAACUCCACAAAGCCCGCGCCCGCGCUCUGGCAGAGAAAAACGAAGCUCUUGUGCGGGACUUGGACAGGCAAAUUGCCGCCCAUGGCGGACUCGAGAGUUACCAACUAGCGAGCAAGAAGGGUCAGUCGAAGGAGCGGGGUGGUGAUUCCAGCAAGGUACUUGUGGAGUGGUUGGUGCCUGUGUUUGAAGAGCUGAACCUGCAGCGGCGGAAGCCGCAGAAUCAGGGUGGUGGUGCUAGUGGUGCUAAUGGUACUGGCGAUGGAAAAGGUGACCCAAAAGCUGAAAAGGGAGAGGAGACACCGCGACGACCACCGCCACUACGGUUACUCGAAGUUGGCGCGCUAAGCACCUCAAACACCUGCUCCCGCGUUGGUUUGCUGGAUGUCACCCGGAUUGACCUCCACUCGCAGGAGAAGGGCAUCCUACAGCAGGAUUUCAUGGAACGUCCAUUGCCCACAUGCGACGAGGAAAAAUUUCAUAUCAUCAGCCUAUCGCUGGUGUUGAAUUAUGUCUCGAAUUCAGCGAGCAGGGGGCAGAUGCUGAAGCGGACAACGGCGUUUUUGACGCCGCCGCCGCCGCUUAUUGCGACGACAGGAGAUGCAGCAUCAGAAAAUGCGCCAGAUGAACAGCCUAAUAAUAGCGCGCAUUUGCCAUCUCUAUUUCUCGUUUUGCCGGCAGCAUGUGUGCUCAAUUCCAGGUAUUUUACUGAGGAGCGGUUGCGGGCCCUCAUGUCAAGUCUAGGGUAUGAAAUGGUGCAGAGGAAGGUGACGUUGAAGCUUGUGUAUUACCUUUGGAAGUACAGUGUCGAUGGUGUCCCUAGGGCUUCUGUUUUUAAAAAAGAGAUUCUGAACCCCGGUGGGAAGAGGAAUAAUUUUACUGUUACUCUGGAUUAG